UUGAAUGUUAUAAAAAUGGUUUACUUAGACUUAUAUAAUUCACAUUUUAGAGGGCUAUGUAUAAAUACAUUUCUUUUUAUUCAGGCUCAAAACAAGCAGACAGGCAUUUUUGCUGCUGCAAAGGUGAUUGACACCAAAACUGAAGAUGAGCUGGAGGACUACAUGGUGGAGAUCGACAUCUUGGCAUCAUGUGACCAUCCCAAUAUUGUCAAGCUGCUUGAUGCGUUUUACUACGAGAGCAAACUGUGGAUCCUGAUAGAGUUCUGUGGCGGUGGAGCCGUCGAUGCUGUCAUGCUCGAACUGGAAAGGCCUCUGACGGAGCCGCAGAUCAGGGUGGUUUGUAAGCAGACUCUGGAUGCUCUGCAGUAUCUGCAUGACAGCAAGGUGAUCCACAGAGACCUGAAGGCUGGAAACAUCCUGCUGUCACUCGAUGGAGAUGUCAAACUGGCGGACUUUGGGGUGUCUGCCAAGAACACAAAGACCAUCCAGCGAAGAGACUCUUUCAUUGGAACGCCUUACUGGAUGGCCCCAGAGGUCGUGAUGUGCGAGACGUCUAAGGACAGGCCGUAUGACUAUAAGGCUGAUAUUUGGUCUUUAGGAGUCACUCUGAUCGAGCUGGCCCAGAUCGAACCGCCCAACCAUGAGAUGAACCCAAUGAGAGUUCUGCUCAAGAUCGCCAAAUCUGACCCACCUACUCUCCAGCAGCCUUCAAAAUGGUCUCCUGAGUUUAAUGACUUCCUGAAACACGCGCUGGAUAAGAAUGUGGACAACAGGUGGAGCACAGCACAACUUCUUCAGCACCCAUUUGUGAGUAGUGUGACUGACAGCAGACCCCUGCGGGAGCUCAUCGCUGAGGCCAAGGCGGAGGUCACAGAGGAGAUAGAGGAGCUGAAGGAGGAAGAGGAGGAAGAAGAUCAUGAAGGAAACCUGCUGCUUCCUGGACACAAACGUGCACCAUCUGAUGCUAGCGUUGGAAGCUCUGAAGACGAGAAGCUUCCUCAGUCGCCGUCCACCUUGGAGUCUGUUCCUGAGAAGAUCGAGGAUGUGGCUACGCACAGACCACCAGACGAUCAUGUUAUAACUGGAAUAAAGACGGAACAAGAACCUCUGAAGGUAGACGAGAACCACAUCGAGGAUGUAGCAGAACCUGGAUCUAAGGAACAAGCUGUGGAAGUAUCUCCAAAGGAAUCUCAAGAACCUAAAGCUGAAGAGAAGCAUCAAAGAGCCAAACCUGAUGGAGAGAAACUGGAAGAGAAAAAGGAGGUGGUGGGCAAUGGUGAACUCAUAAAGGAAGUGUCUGCACCAACAGAACCCAUUAAACAAGCUGUGCCUGAUGAACCUAUUCCAACAUCUCCAUUGAAAGAAGACGAGAGCGUUGAGGAAAAGGAGAAACCUGAACUGGUGGAGAAACCAAGCCCAGGGAAGCCCAGGUAUGUGAAGAAGCAAGACUCUGACUCUGGGAUCAGUUCUUCAGCUGACAACAGCAGCAGUCUCCUUAUCUGGGACAAAAAGAGGCAGAAAAAGACUCUGAAAAAGACUCGCAAGUUCAUCGUGGAUGGUGUGGAAGUCAGCGUAACAACGUCCAAGAUCAUCACAGACAAUGACACUAAAAGCGAGGAGAUGAGAUUCCUCCGGCGUCAGGAGUUGAGGGAACUGAGACUUCUUCAGAAAGAGGAGCAGAGAGCCCAACAGCAGCUCAGCAACAAACUCCAGCAGCAGAGAGAGCAGAUCUACAAACGCUUCGAACAGGAAGUCACGAGUAAGAAGCGUCAGUAUGAUACGGAGGUGGAGAAUAUGGAGCGGCAGCAGAAACAGACCAUCGAGCGACUGGAGCAGGAACACACCGAGCGCCUCAGAGACGAGGCCAAACGCAUUAAAGCUGAGCAGGAAAAAGAGCUUUCCAAGUUUCAGAGUACGCUCAAGAACCGCAAGAAAGAGGAGCAGGAGUUUCUUCAGAAGCAGCAGCAGGAUCUGGACAGCGCUCUGAAGAAGAUCAUUCAGCAGCACAAACAUGAGCUGGCCACUAUUGAGAGAGACUGUCUCAACAACAAGCAGCAGCUCCUAAGAGCCCGAGAAGCCGCUAUGUGGGAGCUGGAAGAGCGCCACCUGCAGGAAAAACACCAGUUGCACAAGCAGCAGUUGAAAGACCAGUACUUCAUGCAAAGACACCAGCUGCUCAAAAGACAUGAGAAGGAAAUGGAGCAGAUGCAGAGGUAUAACCAGCGUCUGAUAGAGGAGAUGAAGAACAAACAGACGCAGGAGAGGACCAGACUGCCUAAGAUCCAGCGCAGUGAUGCUAAGACCCGCAUGGCCAUGUUCAAAAAGAGUCUGCGCAUCACGACCACAGGGGUCACGCCGGAACUGGAACGUGAGAGGGUCAAACAGUUUGCAGCACAGGAGGAGAAGAGACAAAAGAACGAGCGUCACCAUCAACACCAGAAACAUGAGGCUCAGAUGAGAGACCUGCAGACGCAGUGCGACGCCAACAUCAGAGAACUACAGCAGCUGCAGAAUGAGAAGUGCCAUCUGUUGAUUGAGCAUGAGACUCAGAAGCUGAAGGAGCUGGAUGAGGAGCACAGCGCAGAGCUCAAGGACUGGAGAGAGAAACUCAGACCCCGAAAGAAGGCCCUUGAGGAAGAGUUCGCCCGUAAGCUACAGGAACAGGAAAUGUUCUUUAAAAUGAGCGGGGAGUCUGCGUGCCUUAACCCCUCCACCCAGAGCCGGAUCUCAAAGUUCUACCCCGUCCCGAGCGUCCAGUCCACCGGGUUUUAACGCACACGUUCACCCUAAACUGCACUGUGACUGAACUUGUGCUGCCUUGUUCCCUCUGAUCACUGAUGUCAGUCAGAAGGAAGGAGGGACUUCAUUGUUCCAAUAAACUACAGAGAAGUUUUUUGCUUUUGUUUUUGUUUUUUUAAUUUAAGCUUUAAAAGUGGAUUUUCAGUGUGGUUUCCCUAAACAUUUCAGCAGUGGUUUAUGAAAGAUAAUGUGAUUCUAUAUGCCACUAAAUUGAUCGCCAUCUUUUUUUUUCUUUUUCUCGAAUCAGUGUCUUAAUGUUGUGGUUUACUGUGAUAUUUUUAGGAUUAUAUCUGCAUACAUGGAAUGACUGUUCAGCUUCAGGCUAAUUUGCUUGCACUAAACUAAGCGAAUUAUUUAAAUCUAAAUCAAUCAGAAUCAAAAAUCUGAACGGUAAUAAAAUGUUCUUAAAUUGUUGAUGACAAUUCUGAUUAAGUUUAAAGGCACAUUAUUUAGAGGUAAAUACGCAUCACUUUUUUGAGCUUUGUUUAUCAUAAUAUUGAUCUAUACGAUUUAUAGUAGCAACAAUAUUAAUUUCUUUGAGAUGUUUGAGCAUAUCAGCCACACUGUAUGCAAAUAUCCUGACAUGACUGUGGUUUAAAGUGCAUUUGCGCUUGCACUGCUAUGCAAUGUGAUCAUGUAGCCGAAUUAAAUCAUCUCAACUUAUUUCUGUGAACUUCAAAGCAAGAGAGCUCAAUCUCUUCAUACUGUCCAUACUACUUAUUCUCCAAAAGAAACAAAUGGUUUUACGAUAACAUGUGUUUUAGUUCAUCUCUACAGUACAUUAGUGUACCUUUCAGUGAAAUUGUCUAGAGGAUGAUGUGCCCUGUAAACUGAUGUACUUUAAUCAGACAGGUGUUCUUUUAUUCUUGUAUAUUGUAGCACAGUUUUGUAGUAGUAGUUUUUUUUU